GAGGUGGCGAGGGAGUUCUCACUAUCCCCCCAUGGUGGAGGCAGGUAUCGAUUCUGAUCCAUCCAGGAUGGGAGAGCCCAGAGAACACUGACUUGGGCUGGAUCUCGCGUGGGAUAACUCUCCCGACGACGACAAGUGGACUUCCUAGUAGUCACUGUGUCAUCAGCAGUCAGUUCCCUUUUGCAAACCGUGGUGCGUGGAAAAACAUUCCGAAGGCCAGCCAUCUACAACAGACAGUACUUAUCAUAUCUGCAAGUGGGUCCAAGUUAGUCCAGUCAAUCGAGUGUCGUCGGGUCGUGUCAAAAGUGCGUUCGCGAACGUCUUUUCUGGAUUGUGUGAUUGGGUGCAAAUCAGUCAUAUUCAACAGAAGUGUGAAGUGUCGAAUCGCAAUUUACAAGUGUGGUCAUAAGUGUGAACUGGGGCGAAUACCGUUUGCCUCUUUCGGACAAACCCAAGUCCGCUCGGAAUAACCUGCGGUGGUCGACCGUGUGUGGAAGUGAACACUUCUGAGGUUCUUUUUUCUUCGCGUGGACCAGGGUUCAGCAAACGGCCUCAAAACGGAGCACAUAACGAAAAUGAUGGAUUUCAGCGGCGGCGCCUACGGAGGUGGCAAAGCUGGCGGUGCGUUCGACCCGAUCGGGUUCGUGAUGCGGCCAACGGUGAUCCUGCGAGCAGUCUGUUGGCUGUUCGCCAUCAUCGUGUUCGGGUGCGUGUCGUCCGAGGGCUGGCGGGAGGAGAACGGCAAAGAGUACUGCAUCAUCAACCGGGACGCCAAUGCGUGCAACUACGCCGUCGGAAUCGGCGUGAUUGCCUUCCUGGCCUCGAUGGGUUUCAUCGCCGGCGAGUACCUAUUCGAGCAGAUGUCCUCGGUCAAAACCCGGAAACACUACGUCCUGGGAGAUUUGGGAUUUUCCGCCCUGUGGACGUUCCUGUACUUUGUCGGGUUCUGCUAUCUGACCAACGCGUGGGGUAAGGCGGAAGAUCCGCCAAACGGCGAAGGGGUGAACAACGUGCAGGCUUCCAUCGUGUUCUCGUUCUUCUCGAUCUUCACCUGGGCCGGUUGCGCUUACUUUGCGUAUCUCCGCUUCAAGGCCGGCGUGGAUCCGUCGUUCCAGUCGACGUACGAAUCGGACCCGAACGCCACCACCCAGUACUCGGCGUACCCGGUGGGUGGCGCUGGAGGAGAAAGCGAUCAGUUCCAGCAGCAGCCGUUUGGCGGCGGUCAGCAGCAACAACAGCAGCCUGGCGGUGACUUCAAUCCAGCUUACUAAAUUUUUGUGAACCCUUGGAUGAUCCGUUAGUUGUAAAACGGAGCAGUUGGACAUUGGAGACGCGUACUAAGCAGAGCGUACGGUGGGCUCUGGUAUUGACCAACGCCUAAUCAAAGUAGGUAUCCCCUUUCAGCGUGGUUACCCAGCAACCCAAAGAAAGCGUGCUCAGCGAGAGACUCAAAAUAUUAGUAGAACCCACACUCAUUCAGAAUGAACACGUCUAGCGCGUUGGAAGACGUAUUUUGAAACAUUGCCAUCACAUUGUUUAGGCGACAGCAGCAGAAACAGGCACGGCAGUAGUAACUCAGCAGUGACAGAAGAAACAAAAACAAAUAACACAACAAAAAAGCAGUGAAUAAUUCUCCCAGAUCCUAUUUAGUACGUACAUUGCUAUAUUAUACUACACUCACAUAUACAAGAGAAAAGAAAAACGCGAGGGCGCGAACACUCAGCGAAACACACUCACAUACACACAAACAUACAAACAUAACCGGAACAAUGAAGCAAAUAGCAAAACCAAAAAAAUAAGAAACACGUCUAAAUCGAAAACGACAAAAUACCAAAAACAAUACAAAUACCCGCAGAUAUAAACAAACAAAAAACAUCACAAACAACACAGAAACAAAACAUAAGAUAUUGUUAGUUUAUGACAAAAGAAAAAGAAGAGAAGUAAUCCUAUAAGAGAACAAAAUCACAGAAGAAUAUCUUACCGUAUAAGUAACAUUGGUAUAUUAUUUAUUGAUGAUAAUAAAAUUGAAAAAAAACGGGAAGAGCAAGAACGAGACAAGCAAGCAUCAAACGUGUAGAUGUAAGUCAGGAACCGAGAAAUGAAAGACGCGUAGGACGAGGUACUAUCUGGAAUAAGUGGAAACAUCGUCGUCAUAUAUGAGUGUAUUGACAACAUUCAGCAGUAGCGAGAAACUUGAGUUAUUCGGAAAAGGUAUCGCAAUGGUCGGGAAGAUGUUCGAUGGAGAAUGUUCGAGUUGAGAAGAGUUGAACAAGCACUCACGAUUUGUCUGAGCGAAAAUCUGAAUAAUGUAGCCACGAGGUAUCAAGAGAGAAGUAUCUGGAAGCUCACUGAACAGGUCAAUCAAAUUGAUGUGAAAACAUACAUCAGCAAGGCUUUUUAGUGUCAGCAAUGUUGGCCGAAUUCCAUGAACUUGCCGUGAACCAGGAAUUUUACCUAGAUACCUUCGAUCCUUCGAUAUUCGUAUUGCAUAUGAUACCUAAGGUAGUAAAGUGAAUGUCAACUAAGAAAUAUAUCUGGGCCGAUCGGAAAUCCAACGCAGUCAACCUCAGCAUGAUCUUAACGGGUUUUGGUCAAUACCGGCGCGAUAUACGCUUCAGCUGUAUGCCACCUCCCAAGAGUGAUUUAUAAUACAUACUUGGGAUGUUCAUGAAUUCUAUUAAUGGACCACCAGGCAUACUAAGGCAUACUAAGCAAUAAACUAAAUAAAGUAUGUAGCUAACAAGAUCCCUGAAGGACGGGCUACUGGACAAGAUUCCUGGUAUAGAAGAAGCAAAAAAAGACUGGUCAUGAUAUGCUAAGUAGAUUCCUCGGUCUUCUGAGCCUUCUGAUAAUGUUUACGGUCCCAUGCUGUCAAGAUCAAGAGGCUAAAGUAUGCUCACAAGCAACAUCAGGCUACAUAAUGCAGUGAUGAGUAUUUAUAGCUUUUAAGCACUUUAAGCUAUUAGACAAACUAACAGGGAACUAGAUCAAAAACUUGCAGGUCAGGAACUUGCACUGAAGGAGAUUGAGGAAGAUUCUGAAGACCUCGAAAGUCUACCUCUAGGACAUUUUACAAACUUCACAAUGUCUGACAACCAUAAAAAAGACUUCUUCCAGAAUACCCUGACUAAGAGCAGUUGUAAACGACAAGCGCAAAUUGAAUGGCAAUUUUGAUAGAUUCUGUAGACCUUGAUAGUCCUGAACAUUUUGCAUACCACACAAAGUCGUACAACCUUCAAAAGGAUUUUCUCGUAGCAUUACGGAGUAUUUGGUGGAAUUGAUUAUGUUUGGCUACGCAGUCAUUUAUUGAACAAACGACGUUCUUUAUUUGCCCGACGUUUCGACACCCUGAGGAAGACACAAACCCCGUGUCGAAACAUCGGGCAAAUAAAUAACAUCGUUUGUUCAAUAAAUGACUGCGUAGCCAAACAUAAUCAACUACGGAGUAUUAUGGACAGCGAUGACCUUAAAUCGCAAGCGUAGAUUUAAUGGUGAUUCUGGAAGACUUUGUAGAACUUGAGUCUUGAACUUCAGGAAAUUGAGCGAAUUUUACUAUAUACAACAAUCGUAAAAAGGUCUUCUCUUUGGAUUGUGGAGCAUCAUGGAUCAGAGGACAAUAAUUGCAAACGAAGAUUGAAUGACGUUUGAGGUAGAUUCUGUAGAACUUGAGAGUCCUGAACUCUAGAUCGUUAUGCAUUCCUUACAAUGUCGUACAACCUUCAAAAAGAUUUUCUAGGACUCGAAAGUCCUGAGCUUUAGGACAUUUUGAAAACUUAACAAUGUCCGGAAACCGUGAAAAGAUCUUUCCGUGCAAUUACAAAGCAACUCGGAUAAUAACGGGCAAAAAUCGCAAAGUUAUAUUGAAUUGCGGCUGUGGUAGAUCUUGUUGACCAUGUAAGUCUUAACUGCAGGAUAGUUUGGAUAUACUAGAACAUCCAAACAGCUAUCCGCUUAUUUCUGAGAGUAUUCUGACAUAACUGUGCCAUAAAUUUAUUACAUUGAUUACACUCAGGCGCUUAAAGUGCAUAUGACUUGAAUUCCAUAGCGUAUUGGAGGCCUUAAGGUGAUUUAGUUGUUCACCGAAGUAAGUCAGACAUCAAGGAUCUCCGAAACCUAGUGCUGUCAUGGUAAAAGCAGAGCUGGUUACUCAAGGUUUCAGACUUUCAAACGCCUCUUAUACUGGUACGCCCUCAUGGAAAUGACUUCAAUAUUGCGCCUCAUUAAAAAUUGUUCCGGGAAAAUCCCCUUCAUGAAUUAUUUCUUUACUACUAUUUUUUUUAUUCCUUGCCGGGUAUAUAAGUCACUGCGACCAGUUGAUAGAUCUAUUGUGACUUUAGGGAUUCCUUCAGGAUUUAGCAAAUCUUUUCCAGAAUGUUUAUACUAAGAUGAUUUUCGCAGAAUUUCCUAAAAUUAUUUCAGCAAGAAUUCCUCGAAAGAUUACUCCGGGUAUCCCUUUGAAAUCCAUUCCUGUCGUUCAUGAAUUUCUUUGAAAUAUUUCUCCAGGAGUUUCUUCAGAGAUUGUUUCAGAAAUUCAUUAAGAAAUUUUGCUUCGGUUUUCUGAGGGAGUUUCUCAAAAAAGUUCUCAAAUGAUUAAUCUAGAAACUAGUCCAUGGGUUUCUUCAAAAGUUUCUCCUGAGGUUUUCUUCAGGGAUUCUUUAGAAAACUUGUUCAUGAAUUGCUGCAGAAGUUCAUUCAUGUAUCUCUUCAAACAUGUGUGAAGGUAUUCUUCUAAGAAUAUUAACAUAAUUUCUCCAGAUUUUUUUUUCGGAAUUUCCUUAAAGGUUUUUUUUGGAAGAUGUAAUUCCAGGAUUUUUUUUCACAAACAUACGUAGAUCCUUUUAGAAAUUCUUUUUAAAAACAAUUGUCAGAAUUUCUCAAUUGGUUACUUCAGGUAUUACGUUAUAUAAUCUCUCAGGCUUUUAUUUGGAAUUGCAUCUAGAAGAUUCUCGAGAGAUUCUUCUGGAAAUUUCUUUGGGGGUUUCUUCAGAAGUAGCUCCAUGAAUUGCUUAGGAUUCAUUGUCACCUUUUUUAGGGAUUCUAUCGUUCAAUUUUGCGGUGACAGUUCAGGAAUUUUUCAAAGAUAUCCUUGUCCUUCUAGUCCUUAUUUCGUUUUCUUUUUGCUACAGGAUUUACUUCAAAAAAUUUCUCAAGACAGUACUUCGUUCAUUGUUUUGUACGCAUUUCUUCAGAGUUUCUUAAACUUUCUUUUAAGAAUGAAUUUCUACAGAAGUAUCUCCCGGAGUUCUUCCAGGGAUUCCUUCAGAAAACCCUCCUGUGAUCCCUGAGGAAUUCAUUGAGUGGUUUCUUCAAGAAAACUCUCCAGUUCCUUGGUCUGCAGGUUGGUUCCUUGGACUACAGGCAUUUUAAAGAUAUUUCUUCAGAAAUUCUUUCCUGGAUUUUUUACAGGAAUCCAUCCAGAAAUUUCUCAAGCUAGUUUUAUCUGGAAUUACUUUCAGAGUCCCUAGAGAACUUCCUCAUGUUUUUUUUCUAGAAAUUUAGGAAUUAAAUGGUACGUAACUGACUACAUUCAUUCAAAAAAGGUAUUUUGCUUAGAGGGUUUCGAAAAGUCAGUACAAUCCAAAGAUAACUACAGAAAUUGCUUCAAGGUUUUUUUCGUCCUGGAAACCUUCUAGAAUUUUUUUUGGAAAACCAUUCUAGGAAUCUUCAAAGGUAUCUCCAGGAGUUUUUAAGGGAAUAUUAUAGACAAUCUCUUAGGUAUUUCUUUAGAAAUUCCUCCAGUCAUCAGUUCUUUCAGUUAUUUCUGAGGAAAAAACUUGUGAAAUCCCUAGAGAAAUAUCUGAAUUCUGAAGGAAUUUUUCAAGGAAUUUUUGGAGGAAUCCUUCAAAGACUUUCUAUUCUCUGUAGGGUUUUUGAAUAAAUUUCAAGGAAAAUUUCUGAAAAACUCCACGGAAGAACUUUUGCAGUUAUUCCUUGCUGAAAUUCCUGAAGAAAUCUCUCGAGUUCUUAGGAAUUCUCUAGAGAUAUAUUUGAAGUUAUCCUUAAAAAAUAAUCAGAAGUAGUACAAGAAGGAAUUUCUGAGAGAAGCUUUAAAGAAAUUUAGAAGAAAUUUCCUGUACAAUCCCUGUAGAAAUUUCAGGAAGUUAUCUUCAAUGGAUCUCCAGAUAAACAUCUGAAGAAAUACCAAGGAAAUUCAUUAAAGAAUUCCAGGAGAAAUGUUUAAAUAAGUUUCUGAAGAAAUAUCUUCUGAGACUAUUAGGGAAAGUCUUAGUGGAGUUUACAGAAAAGUUUAUUUAAGAAUUUUUACGAAAAAACUGGCGAAAUAUUUUUUUCUAAAAUUCUUGAAGUAUUUUCUCUGAAAGUAAUCCUGGAGCAAUCUGUGGACGUAUUUUUUUUCAAAAAAUUCCUAUAGAAAUACUUGAAUAAACGUUCUUUCUGAACGUUCUUCCUAAUUUCUGCAAAAAUGCAUCUAAGAAUGUCUGGGGGAAAGACGGAAGAAACUUCUGCAGAAAUCUCUGGAGGAAUUCUCGCCUGAACCAAUGAGAGUAAAAAUGUAAGAAUCUCUGGAGAAUUUUCGUAUGAUAUUCUGGAUGAAUUCCUGAAGAAAUUUUUUACCAUAUUCCUGUGGGAAUUUUCAAUGGAAUACCUAGAACAAUUAUUGCACAAAUUUCUGGUGGGCUUCUUGAAGAAAUACCUGUUCAAAUUUCUGAAGAUAUUUCUGGAAAGCUUUCUGAUGCGUUAUUUGGAAUUUAUUAAUAUAUCUUCAGAAGAAUUUCUGAAGAAAGCCCUGCUCUCAAAGGAAUUUUGAAGGAUUCGGUGUUUCAAAAGGAACCCAUGAAAAUCUUCCUCAAAGAAUUCUUGAAUACAUUUCUGGGGAAACUCUUGAGGGAAUAUCUGGAGGAAGCCCUAGAUUGAGCUGCUGUACAGUUAGUUUGAUUCAUCAAUAUAUCAGCUGAACAAAAUGAUACAAUUUAGCAGGAUUCAGCUUGGUUUUUUUAAAUGAAAUUUACCAGGAAUUUUCUCGGAAUACCUCGAGCAAUCCUCCCAGGAUUUCUUCCGAAAUUUAUUCCCGGAUAUCUCUUGGAAUUUCAGGAGAGUUUUUGAGGAAUUUGUUGGAAGAUGUUGAAUACGAUGUUAAAGUGGAGGCGAUAUACGUACAUUUUACAUGCGCCUAAAUGAAGGCAUGCACGCAUACGGCCUCCACUUUAUCAUCUAAUGCAACAUCUUUUACGAUUACUGGUUGUCUGGGUACAGGCAUACAUACUAUUUUUGUUAUAUGAUGAGCGCAAUUUUCCCAUCUAGUAUGUAUUAACACUUUUUUUUGUGGCGUCACCUAGCGGUGAAAUCACAAACUAAUUCUUGAAUCACCAGAUAGAUCUUGACUUCCUGAAGAACUUUGCCGAAGACGGCCCUCUUCUAUAUGAUUUGGAUCCCGAGCUAGAGAAGUUUAAAAUUUUACUGCACAACUAGCGCCACCUAGCGGCGAAAUUACCAACUAAUUGUUGAAUCGUUAGAUAGCUCUUGACUUCCUGAAGAAUUUUGCCGAAGACGAAACGUUUCUAUCUGCUCUGAAUCUCCAGAUAGAGAAGUUUGAAACUUUACUUGACGACUAGCGCCACCUAGCGGCGAAAUCACCAACUAGUUGUUGAAAACCAGAUGGCUCUGGACUUCCUGAAGAACUUUGCCGAAGACGGCACUUUUCUAUCUGCUCUGGAUCCCGAGAUAGCGGAGUUUGAAGCUUUACUUGACAACUAGCGCCACCUAGCGGCGAAAUCACAAACUAAUGGUUGAAUCACCAGAUUGUUUUUGACCUACUGAACAACUUUGCCGAAGACAGCAUUGUUCCAAAUAAAGUAGAUCUCGAGAUAUCUGCAUGUAAUAACUUAUGAGUGCUUCUGCUGGCAAGUGUACGUAGCAACUACUUCUACAUAGCGUCUCUAUCGGCCAAAUUGCCAACUAAUUGGAUGAUAGCUGGUAUUGUGUCGUAGAUCUAUUCUAGUAUUUUGCCAAAGAAAGUGUGGUGCUAUCUUGUAAUUGGGCGAAAUCCCAUAAGCUCUGUGAUUCCCACAACACGGAUUCCUCCUGUACCCCCGAACCAACCGUGUAGUAGGAGUCUAGACUGUGUUUACACCGUUUACCUCAAGGUUUACCUUCUCAUUUUAUCUCUCUCCCCUCACAUACUCACGACAGCUAUGCUCAGCUGACGGUUCAUCCAUCAACCGAGGUUGUCUCGUCCUGUGUGGACCGCAUAUUGCGCUCUGGUUGCGCUGUCGCAGGGUGGAACGGAGCUGUGCUAACAGUAGAGGUGAUAGGAAAAAAGAGUUAGUGAGUGGUUUCCACAAUCAGAAAGAUAGAACAUGGUAUUCCACCCAAAAUUUCUGUCGGGGUUUCUUCAGGGCUUUCUUCCAAGAUCUCUUCAGGCAUUUCUAAUGGGAUGCACAUUCCUCUUUGGAUUGUCCCAUUGAUAUUUUUAAACUCCCUGUUAUAGAAAUGUGUCUCUGGAUUGCUUCAAGGAUUUCUGCAGAGAAAAUUCCCGGGAUUUCCCUUGGAAUUCCUUCCAGGAUUAUUUCAGGAUCUUUGCAAUAAAACCGGUUCUUAUUUUCAUAGGAGUCUCCUUCGAAUUCCUGGAGAGCGUAGUAGAGAUGAUAGGGUAAGGGUGAAUAUAGAGUUGAAGUCAUACGCUUUCUGAUGUCAGUCAUAGGUUAGCCAAUGUAUGUUUGGAUGAAGGUGUGUUCAUCGCCACUGAACAUUGUGGACAUAACCGCUCGUGAAAUGCUGCACAGAUCGAAUCGUGAGUGCGUUACGAAGAAAUAUCGAUUCAGAAACGGAGUUUCCAACGCAGUUUGGGUGCAGGAAAAGGCAGUGUAUUGCAGAAAAAGAAAAUCAAUAAAAGUGAACCGUAUUUAUACCACCUAGUAAAAAAACAGUUUCCAUUCAGUUCCAUCGCACUGGUUGAAGCUAACUUUGUUGAAUUCUAUUCAUAUACAUAUUUAAGAAAAAAAGGAAACGCUAAAUAAACGGAUAUUCUCGUAAAACAAAAAAAAAAUGAAAGAAUAAUCAGAAAACAAAAGCAUUAUCGUUAAGUGAAAUUAGUGAAAGUAUUAUCUAGCAGUUUUUGGCAAAGCAAAGUGUUGUUAAGUACAUCCUCGUGCUAAUGGAAGUAUAAAUACAAAAAAAAAACCUAGAUGUUGUAAAUAGUGACCUGAUCUUAGUUUAAACCCAGCGUAGCCAGUUUGUUCAGUCAACCCAAAAUCGAGUUAGUUUAAGGCAUUUCAGUUACACACCGGUUGCAAUGAACUAAAUGUUAAGCGACAGUAUUCAUCUUCGUUAGUGAUGAUUUCGUUCCGAUUUAGAACAAUUAAAAAAAAAGAGAUAAUCAGUUGAAGCUUGGUCAAUCCCCAUCUCACAAUUUCGUAGGCGAUAAUAAAUGUGAUUUUUGGAACAAAAAACAAAGCAGAACUAACCAACUACACUUAUCCGAAGAAUACAAAAAAAUAAAUCCUCUUCUUAGGAGAAGUUACAUCCUCAAACAACCAUACCCACAUUAAAAUUUGUGCAAACAAAAGUAAAACAAAAGAAAAAAAAAACAUUAAAAUGUAUAUUUAUAUAGCGACAGAGACAAAAGCCCAACGCUGUUGAAUCGAUUUAACGCCCCCUCAAUAGUUUGAAACCUCCCUCGAAGCGGAUUUCUGGACCGAAAGUAGCCGGCUUCACCAUUACGGAACACUCAGUAGAAGCAUAAUCCUAAAGGAAAGAUGACGAUCCGAUGCUGUUGUGGAAGGAAGCUUCGAUGAAGAAAUCCAGCAAAUAAAAUUGAACAAAAGAAGGCUGGAACACGACAUAAAGUUUUAUCUCAGUUGUUAGCCAGCAGCCAGCAAAACUAGUUAAGUUCGAAUUCGAAAGCUCUGGUAUUGGUCGACGUAAGGGUAUUUCAUGAAAUACUAAAUAAAAACACAGAAUAAAUAUAUAUCGGGGAAAUACGACGGGACACGCUGCGCGAAUAAGAAGACAGAAAACAAAAGACAGAGACGGAAACCAAAAACCAAAUAAAUUAUGUUAAUAAUAAAAGUACUUUAGGAAAAAUGUAAA